AGCAGAAAGCCCACGUUGGCCGCUGCGGGGAGCGCGGCGUGGCGAGGCGGGAGACCGAAUUCCGGCGCCGCCGCCGCGGCCGCUGCUCGGUGCACUAGCCCACUUCCUUCCCAUCCUUUCUGCGAGUGGGUUUGCUGGGCAGCCGGGCGACCGCCGAACGGAAAGCAAGAUCCUCGCCGCCUCCGCUUGAGGAGGCGUGCGGCGCGCGGAGAUUUUGAGUGGGAGCGACGGUGCCCGAGAGCUCAGGGGCGCGGAGUUCGUGAGCGAGAAGGAAGUUAAACCUCGCGGAAUAGACUGGCAUUUCGGGACGCCUUGUCGCCGCAGCCUGGGCCCUGCAACGGGGUAAACUUCAUGGUGGCCCUGCGAUCCGGGGAGGGGCGUGCGCCACGGUGAUGCCGGGCAUCUCCCGCAGCUCGUGAGCGGCCCCACUCCCCGCUGCCCCGGGUCCCACUCAGUCGCCAGGGAGAGCGAGGGGCAGCGCACGUGUGCGGCCAGCGAGGCCUAGAGUGACCGCGCCGCGACUCGCAGGAGCCAGGGCGCAGGCUGCAGCGCAGCCCGGACUCGGACGCACCUGGCCUGGACCGCGCGCCUCUAGAGAGCUGCGCGAGGCUGUGAGGCUCCCCUUCCUCCCCUCCAAGCGGUUCUCCUGGUGAUCGCCCCUUCGCCACCUCUCUAGCCUGGGCAACUGGGGGCGCCCCGGACGACCAUGAGAGAUAAGGACUGAGGGCCAGGAAGGGGAAGCGAGCCCGCCGAGAGGUGGCGGGGACUGCUCACGCCAAGGGCCACAGCGGCCGCGCUCCGGCCUCGCUCCGCCGCUCCACGCGUCGCGGGAUCCGCGGGGGCAGCCCGGCCGGGCGGGGAUGCCGGGGCUGGGGCGGAGGGCGCAGUGGCUGUGCUGGUGGUGGGGGCUGCUGUGCAGCUGCUGCGGGCCCCCGCCGCUGCGGCCGCCCUUGCCCGCUACCGCGGCCGCCGCCGCCGGGGGGCAGCUGCUGGGGGACGGCGGGAGCCCCGGCCGCACGGAGCAGCCGUCGCCGUCGCCGUCGCCGCAGUCCUCCUCGGGCUUCCUGUACCGGCGGCUCAAGACGCAGGAGAAGCGGGAGAUGCAGAAGGAGAUCUUGUCGGUGCUGGGACUCCCGCACCGGCCCCGGCCCCUGCACGGCCUCCAACAGCCGCAGCCCCCGGCGCUCCGGCAGCAGGAGGAGCAGCAGCAGCAGCAGCAACAGCAGCUGCCUCGCGGAGAGCCCCCUCCCGGGCGACUGAAGUCCGCGCCCCUCUUCAUGCUGGAUCUGUACAACGCCCUGUCCGCCGACAACGACGAGGACGGGGCGUCCGAGGGGGAGAGGCAGCAGUCCUGGCCCCACGAAGCAGCCAGCUCGUCCCAGCGUCGGCAGCCGCCCCCGGGCGCCGCGCACCCGCUCAACCGCAAGAGCCUUCUGGCCCCCGGAUCUGGCAGCGGCGGCGCGUCCCCACUGACCAGCGCGCAGGACAGCGCCUUCCUCAGCGACGCGGACAUGGUCAUGAGCUUUGUGAACCUGGUGGAGUACGACAAGGAGUUCUCCCCUCGUCAGCAACACCACAAAGAGUUCAAGUUCAACUUAUCCCAGAUUCCUGAGGGUGAGGCGGUGACGGCUGCAGAAUUCCGCAUCUACAAGGACUGUGUUAUGGGGAGUUUUAAAAACCAAACUUUUCUUAUCAGCAUUUAUCAAGUCUUACAGGAGCAUCAGCACAGAGACUCUGACCUGUUUUUGUUGGACACCCGUGUAGUAUGGGCCUCAGAAGAAGGCUGGCUGGAAUUUGACAUCACAGCCACUAGCAAUCUGUGGGUUGUGACUCCACAGCAUAACAUGGGGCUUCAGCUGAGCGUGGUGACAAGGGAUGGAGUCCACGUCCACCCCCGAGCCGCGGGCCUGGUGGGCAGAGACGGCCCUUACGACAAGCAGCCCUUCAUGGUGGCUUUCUUCAAAGUGAGUGAGGUCCACGUGCGCACCACCAGGUCAGCCUCCAGCCGGCGCCGACAACAGAGUCGUAAUCGCUCUACCCAGUCCCAGGACGUGGCGCGGGUCUCCAGUGCUUCAGAUUACAACAGCAGUGAAUUGAAAACAGCCUGCAGGAAGCAUGAGCUGUAUGUGAGUUUCCAAGACCUGGGAUGGCAGGACUGGAUCAUUGCACCCAAGGGCUAUGCUGCCAAUUACUGUGAUGGAGAAUGCUCCUUCCCACUCAACGCACACAUGAAUGCAACCAACCACGCGAUUGUGCAGACCUUGGUUCACCUUAUGAACCCCGAGUAUGUCCCCAAACCGUGCUGUGCACCAACUAAGCUAAAUGCCAUCUCGGUUCUUUACUUUGAUGACAACUCCAAUGUCAUUCUGAAAAAAUACAGGAAUAUGGUUGUAAGAGCUUGUGGAUGCCACUAACUCGAAACCAGAUGCUGGGGACACACAUUCUGCCUUGGAUUGCUAGAUUACAUCUGCCUUAAAAAAACGGAAGCACAGUUGGAGGUGGGACGAUGAGACUUUGAAACUAUCUCAUGCCAGUGCCUUAUUACCCAAGAAGAUUUUAAAGGACCUCAUUAAUAAUUUGCUCACUUGGUAAAUGACGUGAGUAGUUGUUGGUCUGUAGCAAGCUGAGUUUGGAUGUCUGUAGCAUAAGGUCUGGUAACUGCAGAAAUAUAACCGUGAAGCUCUUCCUACCCUCCUCCCCCAAAAACCCACCAAAAUUAGUUUUAGCUAUAGAUGAAGCUAUUUGGGGUGUUUGUUAGUAAAUAGGGAAAAUAAUCUCAAAGGAGUUAAAUGUAUUCUUGGCUAAAGGAUCAGCUGGUUCAGUACUGUCUAUCAAAGGUAGAUUUUACAGAGAACAGAAAUCGGGGAAGUGGGGGGAACGCCUCUGUUCAGUUCAUUCCCAGAAGUCCACAGGACGCACAGCCCAGGCCACAGCCAGGGCUCCAUGGGGCGCCUUUGUCUCAGUCAUUGCUGUUGUAUGUUCGUGCUGGAGUUUUGGUGUGAAAAUACACUUAUUUCAGCCAAAACAUACCAUUUCUACACCUCAAUCCUCCAUUUGCUGUACUCUUUGCUAGUACCAAAAGUAGACUGAUUACACUGAGGUGAGGCUACAAGGGGUGUGUAACCGUGUAACACGUGAAGGCAAUGCUCACCUCUUCUUUACCAGAACGGUUCUUUGACCAGCACAUUAACUUCUGGACUGCCGGCUCUAGUAUCUAUUUCAGUAAAGUGGUUCUCUGCCUUUUUACUAUACAGCAUACCACGCCACAGGGUUAGAACCAACAAAGAAAAUAAAAUGAGGGUGCCCAGCUUAUAAGAAUGGUGUUAGGGGGAUGAGCAUGCUGUUUAUGAACGGAAAUCAUGAUUUCCCUUCUAGAAAGUGAGGCUCAGAUUAAAUUUUAGAAUAUUUUCUAAAUGUCUUUUUCACAAUCAUGUACUGGGAAGGCAAUUUCAUACUAAACUGAUUAAAUAAUACAUUUAUAAUCUACAACUGUUUGCACUUACAGCUUUUUUUGUAAAUAUAAACUAUAAUUUAUUGUCUAUUUUAUAUCUGUUUUGCUGUAACAUUGAAGACCAGACUUUAAAAAAAAAAAAAGUUUAUUUAGAAAGUAUCAUAGUGUAAACAAACAAACUGUACCACUUUGAUUUUCUUGGAAUACAAGACUCGUGAUGCAAAGCUGAAGCCACUCUUGACAGUUGUGCUUCUCUAGGAGGUUGGGCUUUUUUAAAAAAAGAAUUAUCUGUGAACCACACGUGAUUAAUAAAGAUUUCCUUUAAGGCAGAGGCUGUUGGAGAUGCUGCUGUUAUCUUCUGCCUCAGACAGUAUAAGUGGUCUUGUUUCUAAGAUUCCUACCACCGGUUACUUUGGGCCAAGUAUCCACAUCCCCUUGCGUAUGGGAGGUGGGUGAAGAGUGUUGGACGCAAAGUGGUUAUUAUGGGAAGUAGCUCGAUGGUAAAAGGACAAACACCUAUCUUAGAGCUUAGUCGUCCUGUAUGUGCUUAUUCCCAAGGGAGAUAGUAAAAGUGUUUAAUCACAAGGAUAGCAUGAUAAUCACAAGGACAGCAUGAGUUAGAGGACACUGGCAUCAACAGCUGCCACAGCCAUGCACACCAGGGCCAGAGCAGCCCGCUGACAUCUGUCUUUGGUCUUGAGAUCAAAUGCAUCCCAUUCUUCAUACAUUAGAAGGUCGACCUCCUUGAAGCAGACCAAGUAUAGCAAGCCUCUAAAAGGACUACUGAGAAACAGAAUCAGAAACUCUAGAACUCUAGUUAGGGCCCUUCAGCAGGGCUGCAGAGCCUCCCUGGAUACCCAGGCCUGGGAAAGCCUGUCUGGUCUUGUCACCCCAGGUGACAAAUACAACUGGAAUCUUUCAAUGAGUUAAUGAGAUACUGAGAAUGAGCCUCGUGGAAUUUUCCAUGCCUACCCUUUCUAAGGAAGACAUCCAACAGUUCAUGUGGGCUCUGGCUUCGUGUUAACAUGAUGAACUAAAGAAAUGUUUCACCCCGUGAGAAACAGAAGGAUCCCCUGAACAGUAACUGAUUUGACAAGUAUCGACACGUAAAGUUAUGGCAUCAGCAUUCUCUUACUCAGGCACAGUCAGAAGUAACGCUGCUUUCAUUACGGCUAACCUCUCACACUGAGAGAAGUAUUCACAGAAACAGAAGCUCCAGCGGCGGCCGCGAAGGUAUCUUCCAGAGGUGUGGGUUUUUGCAUUUCAGUCUGCUCCAUGCUACGGACCAACACAGUAUUGAGUCAACUGUGACCUUAAGAUCAGAGGAACGUCAAUACUGCCACAAGGCCACCUUUCCAGAACUCGUGGGCAGGUAAACUAUGCUUUGGAUGUGCUUUCUUUCACCAAAA